GAGAGAGAUGGAAGGCUCAUUCGUAAGUCUCCAAGAGUUCAGCAAGGUUUAAGGCAAGUUUUUGCCAUUGAGACCUUCCAACUCUCUGUUGUUGUUCUUUGCAGUCCAAGAAAUAGUUUCGACCACCAAAUGCUCCAAACAACCCGAAGAAAGUUCAAGGUGCCUAUGGUUACCUUUGUUC